CUGCAUUCAUAUCACCAAUCACGCAAUGCAAGCCAAUGCUGCCUACGUCAUAAAUGUCGACACACGCUAUUGUCAUCAUCCUGACCAACAAUUCACGAGCUGAGCAAUGGCGCAACAGCAGUAGUCAGACCCCCGCCUCUCCCCGAUUACGUGCAUUUGGCUCGGCUUCAUUUCAGAAACCGCACCGCAUUGACAAAGAGACGGUCCUAGCCCAAAGAACAAAUGCUGCGCACGCUAGCGACGGGGAGCGGUGUGGUUUGUUUGCGGCGUGGUUGUUCGCGGUGUGGCGAUAUCUGGCAGAUAAUGGCCACGACAAAGCCUAGCAAUUGUCACAGAAACAAGCGGACCAGCCCUCGCCAAGUAGACAUCAAUUGGCAGAGACACAGCAACAGCCUUGUUGGUUGACCAACAGUAAUGCAGACCAUUUGCGUGACCGGCGAAACAAGGGAGCUGUAGGAGAAUGGCUC